GACAACUGUCAAAAAGUAUCGUUUGCGCUAUCACAUCGUUUACAUUGUCACCGUCUUCAACAGAGAAAAAUAGAAAUUAUUAUAAAUAUUGACGAGAAACGUAUCGAAUACACCGAAAUGCAAAACGACAUGGAUAGAGUUGUUGAAUUGGAAGAAGGCAUUCGUUUCAACGAUUUGUUGUCGGGAGGUGCAAGCUUCAACAUCAAUCACAAAAGUAUGGCCGAGACCAUUGACCAAGACAUUUUUGAUGAGGUGGGUAGCGGUGAUGAAAAUGAGGACGAAGAGGACUUGGACAUUAAGCUGUCACCGUGGAAGAAAAGCUUUGCUGAGCUAAAAUUGUCGAUGGUGCAAGUCCCAAAUGAAAUGGGUAGCGUCUACAAACGGAUCAUUACUAAGGGCAUCGACGAGGUGAUGAAUUCACCAAACUGUCGAAUUCGAUGGACAUUCAGCAUGUUCUUCGAAGGCGAACCAAUGGCAUUCGACUCCAGCUCCAACCCAGUCACCGUUCAGAAAAUCGAUUUGAUUCUUGGCCUUCAAAUUGCAGCCGAAUCGAUGCAAAAGAAGGAAGAGGCUCAGUUUGUUAUCGACUACAAGUUGAUGUUUGGUGAAAUUGGAUGUCCGCCGCGUAUCAAACCAAAGGCUGACGUCUUAUUGGUGGCCAAAAUGAUUGAUUUCAUCGACACCGGUGACGAGAAUGCCUGUGAUAGUUUAUCUCAAGAAGAUCGUCGCAAGUUUGCCGUGCUCAAGGAUAAGGUAAUCGAGAUGAUGAAGAAGUUGCAAGAUCAUUUCCGAAACAAAAGAUACCGAUAUGCCAUAAAUGUCGGACAAACAGCCAUACGCAAUCUGGAAAUGUGUCAAGUGGCAAACGAAGAUGAGCAAACGGAGCAGCAAAAAUUCCUGAAUGAUCUUUACAUUCAGUUGACUACGUGCUUGGUAAAAACAGAAGAUUGGAAGAAAUGUUGUACGAUGGUGAACGAGCUGCGUCGUCGCACGAACAUCAGCCGAAAUGUGCCAGUGAUGUUGAACGAAGCCAUUGCACUGAGCCAUAUCGAAGACGAUUAUAAGCGUUCUAUAAAUUUGCUGCGAAAUGCCCAGAAACUUGAGCCCCACAACGAACUGGUCAAUAGUACAUUGGAUGAGGUGUUGGCCAAAGAGGAAAAAUAUCGGAAGCAGUCACAAGAUAUGUGGCGAAAGGCGCUAGAAGUGAAGUCCAAAGCUGAUGCUCAGAAAGAAUGAACACUUAUUAUGCCUUAGGCGUCACAAAAACAUUUUUAUAUUUUUUCAUUAAAUUAUUAUUACUAUUCAUUAUAAAUUGUGAAUAAAAACCAGCCGUUAAAUGGUGCUCCACACAUUCAAGCCGCAAAAA